ACACACACACACACACACACACAGACAGUCAUGGCGAUCAGGUGGGGAAUCUGCAGCGCUGGGAAAAUCAGUAAUGACUUCACAGUGGCCCUGAGGACUCUCCCAGCAGAGAAUCAUCAGGUGUUAGCGGUGGCUGCUCGUGAUCUGAAGCACGCUCAGGAGUUUGCUCUGAAGCACAGCAUCCCGAGAUCCUACGGAAGCUACGAGGAUCUGGCCAAAGACCCCGAGAUCGACGUGGUUUACGUGGGCAGCAUCCACCCUCAUCAUCUGUCGCUGGGCGUCCUCUUCAUGAACGCUAAGAAGAACGUCCUGUGUGAGAAACCGCUGGCCAUGAACCUGAAGGAGGUCCGGGAGCUGAUCUCCUCGGCCCAGGACAACCGCGUCUUCCUCAUGGAGGCCGUCUGGACGCGCUUCUUCCCGGCGUCUCUGGAGAUCAGCCGCCUCCUGUCCCGGGCCGAGCUGGGCGAGCUGAAGCUGGUGCGAGCGGACUUCGGCGUCCCCCUCGCUCACGUCCCUCGCUCCGUCCAGAGAGAGCUGGGAGGAGGAGCGCUGCUGGACAUCGGCAUCUACUGCCUGCAGUUUGUGCUCAUGGUGUACGACGGAGAGAAACCAGAGACCGUACGAGCCACAGGAGUCCGUCUGGACACCGGUGUGGACGAGGCCAUGGUGGUCACCCUGAAGUUCUCCGGUCAGCGGCUGGCCGUCUGCUCCUGCUCCAUCGCCGCCGAGCUCCCGAACGAGGCCCUGAUCGUCGGGACUCAAGGCACCAUCAAGGUCCCGGCUCACAUGUGGUGUCCGACGGCUCUGCUGGUGAACGGUCAGGAGACUCAGUAUCCUCUACCAGAACCCUCUCUACCCCUCAACUUCAUCAACAGCACCGGCAUGAGGUACGAGGCAGAGGAGGUCCGCCGCUGCUUACUCCACGGUCUGAAGGAGAGCUCGCGCAUGUCUCACGCGGACUCGGCUCUGCUCGCGGAGAUCAUGGACGAGGCCCGUCGGCAGGUGGGCGUGGUCUACAGCCAGGACAGCCAAUGAGCUUCUCGGCACGUCGUCACCUUUACAGCAGUGCUGCUCUUUUGUAUUGAUUCAA